UGUGGCUAUUUAAGCUAAUUUUUUCAAACCCAUUUUACGUACGAGCCCAGCCCCGUCAAUAUCAGACCCGACCCGCCGGAUCGCCGCCUCUGUAAAGUUGCCGUCCGCCAUAAUCCACAAACGCUGUAAAACCACUCUGUCGCAAAAUUCUGUGUUCAAAUUUUUGACACAAUGACGACAACCGCCAUGCCUCCUCCACCGCCCAAACCCCCCGCCGAAGAACCCGCCACCUCUUCAACAUCAUCAACAACAACGACAACGACAACGAUAGCCCCUAUGGCCCCACCCCCACCCCCACCUCCUCCCGAGAACCCUAACCCUAAUCCGAGUUCUGAAAAUCCCUCAGCUGACACUGAAGAACAAGACAAAUCAAAUUCCGUCACCCAGCAUGGCUCCGUGCCCUACAAGAUUCCUGAAUGGAGUGGACCCCCCUGUCAUAAAUUCUACGUCGAGGUCCUCAAGGAUGGCUCCAUUGUUGAUCAAUUCGACGUGUGCGAGAAGGGGGCUUACAUGUUUGGACGUGUGGACCUCUGUGAUUUUGUGCUUGAGCACCCUACGAUUUCUCGAUUUCAUGCAGUUAUUCAGUUUAAGAGAAGUGGAAAUGCAUAUCUGUAUGAUGUCGGCAGUACUCAUGGUACUUCUAUUAACAAGAAUCAGGUGCAGAAAAGGGUUUAUGUGGACCUACAUGUUGGUGAUGUCAUUCGUUUUGGCCAGUCAUCUCGAUUAUACAUUUUUCAAGGACCAUCUGACUUGAUGCCACCAGAAAAGGACUUGAAAAAAAUUAGAAAAUCUAAGAUCCAACAAUUGAUGUUAGAUCAAGAGAAUUCACUUCGACGAGCAAGAAUGGAUGCAUCUCUUGCUGAUGGUAUCUCAUGGGGCAUGGGAGAAGAUGCUAUUGAAGAAGAUGAGGAUGAUAUUGAUGAAGUAACUUGGCAAACUUAUAAAGGACAGCUUACAGAGAAGCAGGAAAAAACCCGCGAGAAAGUGAUAAAGAGGACUGAAAAGAUAGCUCAUAUGAAGAGAGAAAUAGAUCAAAUUCGUGCUAAAGAUAUUGGUCAAGGUGGGUUAACACAAGGGCAACAAACUCAGAUUGCUAGGAAUGAACAAAGAAUGACACAGAUCAUGGAAGAACUUGAAAACUUGGAAGAGACAUUAAACGAAAGUAUUCGAGAAAGUAUUGGUGCGCGAUCUGGAAAGAUAUCUCGUGGCAAGAAAAAGGGAGAUGCAGAAGAUGAUGAAGAGUAUCUGAGUGAUGAUGAUGAAUUCUAUGACCGGACAAAGAAGCGGGCUCCCAUUCAGAAAUCUGGUGAAAACCAAUCAAUUGAAACUGCUGAUACUCUUCUUGAUAAGAGAGAUGCAAUCAUGAAAGAAAUGGAAGACAAGAAGGAGUUGCUUGAGAAAGAGAAGAACAAAAUGGCAUCAGAAACUGCAGUAGAAACUGAAUCUGGAGAUGCACUUGAUGCCUUCAUGUCUGGACUUUCAUCUCAGCUAGUGCUUGAUAAAACAGAACAACUUCAGAAGGAAUUAUCAACUCUACAAUCCGAGCUGGAUAGGAUCUUCUACUUGUUGAAAAUUGCUGAUCCGGCUGGAGAAGCUGCUAAAAGAAGAGAUUCAAAAGCACAGGAGCCAAAACCCAUCAAAUCCGAAAUGCCAGUUUCUGCCAUCAAGAAGAAAGCUCCAGAGGAACCCAAGGGAAGUGGUAAAUCAGGAGAACCAGUAAAUGUCUCCAUGCGGAAAGAGACAACUCCAAUCACUCCUGUGGAAUCAAACAAGAAGCCUGAAGUUGACAAGGUUGUCAGUGAUACAAAUAAGGAGAAAAGUGCUGCUUAUAGUAUUGCAAAGCCUCAAUGGCUUGGGGCUGUAGAGGAUAGGGAAAUGAAGGCCGGCCCGAAGGAAGAGGCUGCUUUAAAUAUUGAAGAGCCUGAUCAAUUUGUAGACUAUGGAGACAGACAAAAAAUGCUGAGCAAAUCUGACGAUGCUUCGCUGAAGGUGGACUCUGGGAUUGAGUCUGCUACCUCUGGUCUGAUUCUUAGGAAAAAGCUCCCAGUUGAGCAACCUGAAGGUAUUGAAAAUAAAGCUCUUGAUCAGUCAACAUCUUCCUCUGUGGGAACUGAAUUGAAGGCUGAGGAUGCUGUGGCACUUCUAUUGAAACAUAAAAGAGGGUAUCAUGGAGAAGAUGAUGAGGGAAAGUACAAAAGUGGAGAAAUGCUGGGUGAGAAUCAACCGAGAAAAGAUAAGAAAAAGCCUAAACGAGUGCUUGGGCCUGAGAAGCCUGCAUUUCUCAAUAGCAGUUCAGACUAUGAAUCAUGGGUGCCUCCUGAAGGACAAUCCGGAGAUGGACGAACUUCACUCAAUGAGCAUUAUGGGUACUGAACUGAGAGGCCAAAUUUCUGGUUUUAUAAACUUCUUUGAAGGGGCACCAAAAAGCUGUAUUGUGAGACAGUUGAGUGAGGUAAGAUGCAAUAGCUGGAACUAAGCUGGGGAGUUAUCAUUCGCAAUUUUGUGCUUCUUGGUGCUUGAUAGAAAUAGACCGUGAUUCUCUGAUGAUUAUGCCAUUAUUGUCAUUGACCAAGUUGAAUUAUGUGAAAAUUUUGAGAGAUCAUGUAUACUUGGUUUUCUGUGACCCAAUAUUGACCGAUUCGUUAUGGGAGGUGAUUGUGUAAGCUUUGUGUAAGACUAUGUAAAGAACUUAGGUGUUACAGUAAGGCAACUUGUGCCUAACAGGGUAUGUUCACCUCGGAUUGUUAAUUUUUCUGUGUUAGUGGGGCCGGUUCUCCUCGAUAUUCACUUGCACUAAUGGUUCAAGCAAGUUGUAUACUCUGUUUAAAUAAAAUUAUUUUAGUUUACUUUUA